AUGCUGCCCACUCUGAACUCCAUGCAGGCUCGCAAGCCCAACCUGUACCCAACAUGCGUGUGCCGACGAUGCGAGCUCGAGAAGGAGGAUAACGAUCACGUCUGGAAAUGCCCUUCGGCAGCUGAGACCACCACUGAGAUCUGGAAGGAGGCCAUGGGCAAGAUUAAUGAGUGGGGUGUGCAGGCGACAAACAGCUACAACGCAGCCAGGAAGCGGGAAUACAAACGCGCGGUGGACAGAGGUCGUCAGGUACCGAGGCCAGUACCCAUACACUGGUGGCCCCCUUCGGAUGCGGAUCAUGUGCGAGGAUUUUCCUCCAUCGGUGGAGCUCGAGCCGUGCACAGCGGUAGUCCAGCUCCCGAUCGAGACGAGAAACCGAUGUGGAAUGUGUCGGAUCUCCUCCGCGGCAUCACCCCCUUGAGCAUGUUGACUGAAUGGUCCGCGGUCUUCCGGACCCCAAUGUCCAUCGCCAAGACAGUCCUUCACAAGUUUGUUGGCUACCUGGAGGCGCAGGCCUCGGAGCUGAUCUGGAAACCUCGGUGCUCCGCGACAAUCGCAUGGGAACAAAGCCAGGGCAUCUCUGCCAAGGAUAAGACAUCCAAAUAUACAGGCUCCCGAGGUGAUUGGAGUCAAGGAUACGGUUACAUCACGCACGAUGGUUUCUCCAACUGGUGGAAGGCGACAAACAGCUACAACGCAGCCAGGAAGCGAGAAUACAAACGCGCGGUGGACAGAGGUCGUCAGGUACCGAGGCCAGUACCCAUACACUGGUGGCCCCCUUCGGAUGCGGAUCAUGUGCGAGGAUUUUCCUCCAUCGGUGGAGCUCGAGCCGUGCACAGCGGUAGUCCAGCUCUCGAUCGAGACGAGAAACCGAUGUGGAAUGUGUCGGAUCUCCUCCGCGACAUCACCCCCUUGAGCAUGUUGACUGAAUGGUCCGCGGUUUUCCGGACCCCAAUGUCCAUCGCCAAGACAGUCCUUCACAAGUUUGUUGGCUACCUGGAGGCGCAGGCCUCGGAGCUGAUCUGGAAACCUCGGUGCUCCGCGACAAUCGCAUGGGAACAAAGCCAGGGCAUCUCUGCCAAGGAUAAGACAUCCAAAUAUACAGGCCCCCGAGGUGAUUGGAGUCAAGGAUACGGUUACAUCACGCACGAUGGUUUCUCAGCGACAAUUGUUGCGCAGAGCCAGGUUCUGGACCGGACUGCGACUGGCGGAUGGUGCACUGAAGAGUUUAGUCUGUAG